GGUUAUGAGACAGCACCUAACACAGAAACACAGAACACAGGUUAUGAGACAGAUGCAAACACAGUUAUGCAUAUCACAGGUUAUGAGACAGCACCUAACACAGUAACACAUAACACAGGUUAUGAGACACCAUCUGAAACAGUUACACAGAACAUAGUAACACAAGUCAUGAGACAACAACUAACACAUUAACACAGUAACACAGUAACACAUUAACACAGGUCAUGAGACUGCAAUUUACACAGUGACACAUAACACAGGUUUAUCAGACAGCACAGAAACAUUUUUUGUCAACACAUGUCAUGAGGUAUGAUGCCCAAACACAGAGCUUAUUAAGUGUGAGCUGUGGCUUUCUGGGGCUUCCAGGGCAGAGUCCCCAGCCAGGCUGAGCCUGGUUCAGCCUCUCAGCCGGGGAGUGUGACUGGGAUUAGACACGUCACAGAUCCCCCAUGGCUGCUCCCUCAACACGGUGCUGGAGCUCACCAGACUGUUCAUGAUUCUACCAAGUGCUCGCUAAGCCUUUAGGAGUCCUCACAUCAACAACAGUCCACACACCAGACACAGAUUGGAUGACAACAAUGAUCAUGGAUGAUGAUGAUCAUGACAUAUUAUAUACAGCAUACUGUAUGAUGAUUUGGAGAAUAAUGAAUUAUAAUCUCUACACCAACCGUCUACUAACCUGAGUAGAUGAAUCAUACACAAAGAAAAUAAUUUGGAAAAUUCACAUUUGGAAUUGUGUUGACAAUGUUAAGGUAUGUACACAGUGUUGGACAGUUGGACAGUUCUAGAAGCAGGUCAGAUCACCACCACAGUGCUGGACAGUUCUAGAAGCAAGUCAGAUCACCACCACAGUGCUGGACAGUUCUAGAAGCAGGUCAGAUCACCACCAUUGUGCUAAACACCACCUCUUAUAGUCCAGAGGUGGGUUUUAAUCCAGAGGAUCCCAAAUGCUCAACAGUUAAGAAAUCAAUCCAGAUUAAGACCCUGUAGCACAUACACUAACACAUUAUAUCAAGUUGUAGGAACUUCUGUGACACACAUAAAGCACAGCACAACAGAUAAAUGCGUUGAAAUUGAUUUUAAAAGACCGAGGUGAGACAUUUUCACAUGAGCUAUACUGUGAUGUCUUUCUUGUGUAAACAGGAAGCACACCCACGCUUUCAUACAUGCACACAGCAGUGUGAAGAAACGACAGGAAAGAUCAGUGAUGAGAACCAAAUGAAAAUGUCUUGACCUUGUUUCUUGUUCAAUGAUGAAUGUGACAAUUGACAAUUUGUGGACAAGAGAAAACAAACCUUAAGGUCUGCAAAAGGAAUAACGCACCAAUUUAAGAAACACAGUGAAUCACAAUAAAAGAAAGCACAGAACCUCCACCAGCACAAAGCCCCACACAGGGACCUGUCAGAGCUAAUCACCCCAGGUUACGAGCAUCCUGAGCUGGGCAAAGAUCCACCGCCGCUCCCUGUGGACCGAGUGGAGCUCCAUGUGAAGUCUCUCUUGUCUCACAUCCGACAGGCAACUGGCGAUGGUGGUGUCUACAGACAAACUCUCAAAACUCAUUCAUCAUGACUGAGAACUUCCGAGGACCAUGAUUCUUUCUUCUACUGCAAAGACUUUUACAAGUACAAGUUACAAGUACUUUUUUGUUUCAAGUCCAUCUGCUAUCAAGAUUCCUGUACAGGGAUCUGUAAGGAACUCUGUAACUUUAUCUUUUUCAGUAUUCAGUCAGUAAGUGCCACUGACAUCCUUCUCAACAAAGAGACUUGGUUUAAGGCCUGAACAGAGAGAGACUAUGAGUGCUGCCUUCUCCUUCCCCUUCGGAGACCAGCACCCCCUCUACCUGAACAGGAGCAGUGGGCUGACCUACAGCUUGUCACCUCCUGAUGGCCACAAACAGCACCGUCCACUGGCUCCUCACCUCCACCACCGCUACCCGGGCACAGACACGCUCACCCACAACAUCCCCUUCCUCCUCUACCCCUCCAGCAUGGACCCGGCCAGCCUCAGCCUCUACGAGGGCUCCUUAAGGGGCCCCGGUCCUGGCCUCCUCCCAUACCUGCCCUCCUUCCCCCAUGGGCGCCUGGGGGUGUACGAGUGCCCCUUCGAGCCAGCGUUCAUCCAAAAGAGGAACGAACGAGAGCGGCAGAGGGUGAAGUGCGUGAACCAGGGCUACGCCAAGUUGCGAGAGCACCUGCCGGGGGGCAACAGUGAGAAACGUCUGAGCAAAGUGGAGACCUUGAGGGCAGCCAUUCGUUACAUUCAUUAUCUACAAGGUCUGGUUGAGGGGAAAGGGCAGGUGGGUCAUGGUGCCAGCAGUGUGAAGAUGCAGGACUCCAGGCACAGUGAUGGAGAGUCACCAGCCCACUCCCUCUCAGGAUCCUGCUCUGGGCUGGACUCAGAGAGCUCUGGGAGUUAGAGCGGCAAUCUGGGAGUUGAGGCAUUGAAACGGCUUGCGUGGAUGGGCAUUUGAAUGCUGAAAAAAAUGAAAAGAAGUAUGCACUAACAUCCACUGUAUUGACUACAUUGUAACUGCCCAACAUUAGAGUUGUGUUGUGAAUGCAUUUGAACAUUAGAGUUGUGUUGUGAAUGAAUUUGAACAUUAGAGUUGUGUUGUGAAUUAAUAUGAAUGAAUACGUUGGGAUAUUUUUGAGGAUAAAGCUUAAACAAAACCAGAAAUAAAUUAUACACUCAAUGAUCAUGUCCAUACUAUUUAAUUUUACAUUUAAGGAUUUUUAUACAUUGGAAUUCCUCAUAUGAUAUUUUGACAAGUACCUUAUUGUUUUCAAG